AUGGCCGUGUCUCAGAUCGAGGAGAAGAUCUUGGGUCGCCUCGCCAGACAGACUGCCCCAUCCAACGCCCUCCUCUCCGCAUCCCUCUACCAAGUCCUCGGCCUCUCCAUCCUCCUGUCCCGGAAGCUGUAUCGGGCCCGCAGACUCCGCAAGCUCGACAUCACCCGCGACACCAAAUCCCUCGAGCUGUACCAUCACAUCAUCUGGCUCGCGCGGGAAGGUCUGUCCAUCACCGAGGUCUACAUCCUACCUUACUGUCAAGAUGGACAGCUGGGCCCCGAAUGCCGCGUCAUGGCCGCAAAGCUCCGCGCUUCCCUCUACCACGUCUUCUGUCUCUUCCACAACCACCCUCCCCUCAGCCAACUCACCGGCCGCUCACCGGCCUCACCGGCUCCGCCCUCGAGCGAGACCACGCCGAGAGCCGCGCGAGACGCGAGGGGCUCGCCGAAGCAAGAAAAGGAAAAGGAAAAGGAGAACGGGGGGGACGGCAGACGCCGCACUGGCAAACCCGCCCUCCGCGACCCCAUCCCCUCCACGACAUCGGAUGCCUCCUACGUGACGAACCCCUUCGCCGCGGGCCCACCAGCAUCCUUCUCCACCCCUCCCCCGCCGGGCCUCUGGAUCUCCUCCUCCUCCUCCGGCUUCCCGGGCGACACGCGCAAGACUCCCUCCCGACCCCCCGGCCUGGCCCCCAUCACCAUCCGGGCGCCCCAAGCCGCGGCCUCCUACCUCUUACCCCCGCUCAACUUCCUCCCCAUGGCGCGCGAGCACUUCGCCUCGGCCCACCACCUCGCCACCCGCCUCCUGCUCCCCACCCACGCCCUCCGCCUUUCCGUCGCCCUGGAACACGCCGCGUUCCUCUGGGACUGCGCCAGGGAGCACGACCACGCGCGCAAACUCGCCCGGAGAUCCAUCCGCGACGUCUACGCUUCCCCUGACGGGCUCGACGACGACGAAUUCGCCGACGCUUCCGCUCUUGUUCAAGCCCUCGGCGGUCUUGUUGUUCGGCGUUCCCCCCCUUCUUCCCAUGCCCACUCCCACUCUCACUCUCGGGAUUCCACCGCCACCCUACGCCCGGGACCCAGCCCACCGACCCUAACCCCUCCUCAACCCCCCCUCGCCGUUUUCAGCAGCCCAGGGGAGUCUCACAUCCCACGCGUCAUGCAACAACCACCAUCACAACCACCACCACAACAGCCCAACGGAACGGCAUCGAAGACGGGACCGGUAACAGGACCAGCAUCCCCCGAACGACUCUCCACCGUCCCGGAAGAGGAGAAUAAUUCCCUCUCCCGCGCUCCCACUUCCACUUCUCGUUCCCGCCUCAGUAAUAAUCCAUCUUUCGGCCAACAACAACAACAACAACAACAACCACCACCACCACCACCACCACCACCACCAAGGAGAGCGUCUUCGGCCUCCUCGUCGCAGGCCUCCGACAAAGCCAGCAAGCGCAGACUCGUCGAGCAAGCCGAGGAGCGCGUGCGCAGUCGUCAGGGGAGUGCCACUGGGAGUCAGGGAGGUAUACAACAAACUCCGCAUAGCCGUCAGACAACUCCAGCAGAAGGGUACGUCCGCCGGAAGAGUCAUGGAAGAAGGGGCAGUCGAUGA